AGUUGCAGUAAAGUGUCAAAAUGUGUGAAUUAACACAUCAAAACAUUUCCAAGACGUUGUCCACCUCCUGAAUCUACUAGAUGGUGUCUCCUGUGACGUAAUUUAAAAAAAAAUACUUCAGCUUCUGUUUUGUUUUUCGAUCGUAUCACAGAUUAGUUGUUUAAAGGCUCAAUGUGACAUUUAUCAAUCCACUGAAUGGUAAAAGGCACGAUGUUGGCACUGUUAUGGAGGGGUAGAAAGGCCUGUUGGAGCUUCGCUGACACUAUUUGGAGAUGCGGUUCAGGACAGGAGAUGGGUCAGAGAACCUGCAGUUUGCUCAGGGAAAGUUUUCCUCCGGCGAUGCAGAGGCGAACAGCGGGCGGAUUCAGAGGGGUCUGCACCUCCACAGCACUCCACGGGAAAAGCCGUGGAAAUCCAAAGAAGAAGAAUAUGUCUGAAAAGGAGCUGACCCGGCACUUUGUGGACCACCGACGUGUAAAGCUAGUUGCUGGAUCAGGGGGUAAAGGUGCCUGCAGCUUCCACAGUGAGCCUCGGAAGGAAUGGGGUGGCCCAGAUGGAGGAAACGGAGGUGAUGGAGGAAGCAUUAUCAUAAAGGCUGACCGGUUUGUGAAAUCAUUGGCUCAAGUGAUUCCAGUGUAUAAAGCAGAGGAUGGGCAGUCUGGGAGCAGCAAGAACUGUUAUGGUCGGAAUGGAAGCGCAACCUACAUUUCUGUACCAGUAGGAACUGUGGUAAAGGAGCAGGGUGCAACUGUAAUUGACCUGACGCAGCACGGCCAGGAGUAUUUAGCAGUGUUUGGAGGAGCUGGUGGGAAGGGGAAUCGUUUCUUUCUCUCAAAUGAGAAUCGGGCACCUAUGAUGGCAACCGCGGGCAUGGCGGGGCAGGAGCGUAUUAUUCAGCUGGAGCUACGAACCAUGGCUCAUGCAGGACUGGUGGGCUUUCCAAAUGCUGGCAAAUCAUCACUGUUAAGAGCUAUUUCCAAUGCCAGGCCUGCUGUGGCCUCCUACCCCUUCACAACACUCAAUCCACAUGUUGGAAUCGUUGAAUACAGGGAUCACGAGCAAGUUGCUGUUGCAGACAUCCCCGGCAUCAUCCGAGGAGCCCAUUUGAAUCGAGGCUUGGGAAUCUCCUUCUUGCGUCACAUUGAGCGCUGUCGCUUCCUCCUCUUUGUCCUGGACCUGUCUGCGCCUGAGCCGUGGACCCAGCUGCAGGACUUGCGUUAUGAACUGGACCAGUAUGAGCCCCAUCUGUCCCAGCGGCCUCAGGCUAUAGUAGCCAAUAAAAUGGACCUACCAGAGGCCCGGGAGAAGCUGGAGACCCUGAAGAGCCACGUCACACAGCGGGUCAUCCCCGUCUCUGCUCUUACAGGGCAGAAUACUGAGGAGCUGAUUCUGCACCUUAGAGAGCUUUAUGAUGGCUUCCUUCAAGGAGACGACAGCAGAGGAGUCAAAACUAACUAGCUGGUAGAAAACAAUUAUAACUAGAAGUGGACAGUGUUUGAUGUUUUUAAUUUCUUGUGAAUAAACAAACAAAACACAACAUAAUGUGCUGUUAUAUUGAAAUAUUACACACCCUAC